AUGUUGUCUCACAAAGCAUAUGGAGCUAGACAAGCCAUGGUUAAGGCUGGAAUUGCUUCAUCCUUGCUUGAAUUGACACUUCUAGGUAGCACAUUAGCACAGAACAGGGAAUCAAGGAUCUUGGAGUGUUUGACGGUAGAUAAAGGUAAACAUGUUCCAAAAAAAUUUGGUGGAGGGCUGAGUGCCAUAGUUUCCACUCCAAUAUGUGGGUCCUCGUCGUCGGCUGUACACCCAAAUCAUCAAUUUAAAGAGUAUUUGGGGAAGGAAGAUGACAAGAUGAGUGAAAAGAAAAAAACAGUGAAAAAUUUAGUUCAACAGAGCUUGCAUAACAACAUGAGGAGGACGGUGAAGAGGGCCAAUCAGAUUUAUUGUUUUGGGUGA